AUAAACCACUAUUUCCCGCUAUGGCUUCCACACUGUGUUUGGACGAUAUUUAUUCAAAAAUAUUUGCAAUUAUCCUAUUUUCAAUAAAGGUAUGUUUAACGUAUGUUUCUUUGCAGAGGACUCAUACAGAAAAUCUGCGGACAAAAGGUAGCAGCGGUGGCCACAGUAGUAGACUGUUCGGUCUCCUGAUCAGUCACCGUGUGCUGUGCGGGUUCGAGUCCCGUCCCAGGAGAAAUUUUUCUCUUAGCUAUGGAUGUUGUGAUUGUCCGUAGGUGGUAGACGGUCUCUGACCGUCGAACGCGGAGGUACCACCCGGCGGAUCUCGUUGGUGGGGCCAGAAUAUGUGCAUGUUGCAUGCACACGUGUUCCCUCGCCAGAGUCCGUGUGGCGCUCCCCCUUUCCCCUGUAUCCCCCUAUAGCCCCACGGUACCCC